AGAAUCAUACUAGGUCCGAAUUAAGCUUAUGAACAUUAAUAACGCAUCAGUGUGUUAUUUGGUGCGCACAGUGGCGUGUGACGUGCGGAAAGCAAAGGAGCCAUCGGCUGAACAUCGAUUUUUUUUUCGUAUCGCGAUUGGUGCGAUUGAUAAAGGCAAUAAAGGUUAAACUUUGUAGUUCGCUAAUCAAAUGUAUGAAGAGGCAGCUGCUUAAAGUGGCGUGAUGUAUUCCGGAGUUCAGUGAAUAUCAUCCGAUUUAUGGUUGAUCUUGUGCGUAUCAUCGUAGGCAAAGUGUCUAAUUUUCGGUGAAUGAAUUAUCAUUUUCUGUCUAUGACAUCUAAGGAUCGCAGAAGGCAGAUUUAAGGAAUUAUCCUGAAACUGGAACCACCACCAAGAGGUUCUUGGAAAGCAAAACCAAAAGGUAAACAGCAUUUCCGGACGAAGUGAUUGUCCUGCAGGGCAAGAUGAAGAAACGUACGCCACCGUCUUCCUUGCUGGAAAGUUCUCCAGUGAACUUUGGCCGUGAUUCUACGGCGACUAUCAAUGAAUUCAAGUAUAUUAACGAGCGCCCGGUAGAUGACAUUUCCCUGGAUUUCUUCUACAAACCACAUACCAUCACUCUGCUGGCAGUAUCCAUUAUCGGAGUCAUGUAUUUUGCAUUUGUUCGCGAUCAAUCCGACCCUCAGGAUAAUAUCUGGGCAGGCAUGGUGUGUGUUAUCUUCUUCUUCCUGAUAAUUUCGAUUCUGGCCUUUCCUAAUGGACCGUUCACAAGACCUCAUCCGGUUGUCUGGCGCAUGCUGUUCGGUUUGUCUGUACUGUAUCUUUUAUUCUUGGUGUUCGCUAUGUUUCAAGACCACAAAUCGAUUAUGGGCAUAUUUUAUUGGUUUGAUCCAACACUAAAAGCUUUCAGCAUUGAUAUGGAUAAGGAGUAUGCUGCAAACUGUUCGAAUUUAACAUUCGAAAGAAUCUGGUCCCACUGUGAUGUAUUUGCUUGGGGACAUUACCUGGGUUGGGCUUUCAAGGCUGUUCUUAUACGACAUAUGGGAAUUUUAUGGGCUAUUUCGGUCAUGUGGGAAAUUACCGAGAUUACAUUUGCUCAUUUGUUGCCAAAUUUCGCUGAAUGUUGGUGGGAUGCGCUGAUUUUGGAUGUUCUGCUCUGUAACGGUUUUGGAAUUUGGUGCGGAUUGAAGUUCUGUAAAUUGCUCGAAAUGCGAGAGUACAAGUGGGCUAGCAUUAAAGACAUUUCUUCGACGAAGGGUAAGAUAAAGCGAGCUGUGCUCCAGUUUACCCCGGAAAGUUGGACUCCGGUUCGAUGGUUGGAUCCCAAAUGCACAUACAUGAGAUUUUUAGCAGUUUGUCAACUUGUGUUGUUAUGGCAGUUGACCGAGUUAAACACAUUUUUCCUUAAACACAUUUUUGAAAUGCCUCCUUCACAUCCCGUGGUUAUUGGUCGACUGGUAUUUGUUGGUCUCUUUACUGCGCCCUCUGUACGGCAAUACUAUAUCUAUGUAACGGACACCCGAUGCAAGCGAUUGGGUACACAAUGCUGGGUGUACAUAGCCAUUCUUGUAUCGGAAGCCAUACUGUGCAUCAAAAAUGGUCGAGAACUUUUUGAACGAACACAAGUCAAGAACAUUGUCUUAUGGUUAGGGAUCCAGGCUGCGAUUUCAGUUCUUUUUGUAUUUGGAUGCAUGCUUUGGCAUAAGUAUGUGGACCAUGACACUGAUUCACAAGAAUGCUCUCCUGUUAAACAACCUAGCCGAGAAUUCAAAGAUUCCGCAAUCAUAUCAGGUGAUUCCAAAGGCAAACCAUCAUCGGCAAAAAACUCACCUAAGCCAACACCUACCAAAAAAUCACGAUCUCACCUUAAUAGCGUUAAACAAGAUUAAUUGCAUUAAAAGUCCAUUUUUGAGUGGAAUCAUCAUGUUAGGAUAAACCUAAGAAAAAAAGACAAGCCCUUCAAGGAAAAACAACGUUUUUCCAGCAGCGACUGGCUGCGUGUUGAGUGAGUUUCUCAGAAUGAUAUAAUGAUAUAUUUAUUUUCACAUGAACGGUUUUGCGAAGUACGGAAGAAACAGAGUUUCAACGCUUUGCUGCACUAAGCAGAUAUCUAAGCAUGAAUAAGUUAUCAGUACUAGAUGUUCUAUUUGUUUUGUCAUUUUAAAGCUACAAACGAACUGUAACGGAGCUUUGUUCAGUUUUAGGAUGCUUUUUUAUUAAUGAAAUUAAAAAAAAAACAGAUUCUCAAUAGAAGCAUUGAUUUGUUCAGGACGAAAUUUCGAUUUGAAUCUGAGUAAAGGGAUAUUUCAAUGAAAAAGUAUAUAAUAAUUAAAACAUAUUCUGUUUAGCUAUUUUCCAUUUUUUUUAAAUUAGAGUCGUUUUAACCUUUAACGGUUUCCGGUUUUUAGCUAUUUUCAAUAUCUACAUAUCAUUUGGAUCUAACAAAUUUGCGAUUUGUAAUACAAAAACAACUAGCAUCAGAAUAAUGCGUAUCGCGUUAUAGAUAGACCUUGAAACGUUCUCGCAGCGCUUACUAUCCGCUUAGCGCCAUAUUACAAUUAAGCUGGUUUCUUCAUCACAUUUCAGUGUUCCAAUUUAGAAAUCCAGAACAAACCAGUUCAAAUGUCUUGAAAUGAAACGUUAGAUUAGAUUAUCAUUAGUUUUAAUUAGGUAAUUCUCUUUUCAACGAAAAUCUCUAGUCAAUAAGUUUGAAGCUAAACAAAAACAAAGACUCGUUGGUAGUUUAAAGUAAGUU